AUGGUCGUUACUAACAAAUCACAACCCCUUUACCAUACCUUGAACCUCCUAUGCAUAUUUCUUCUCUUAUUAUUCUUCCACUCAGAAAGCAUUUACAUCGGGUAUACUACUCAUCUUAUUUCCUAUGAUUCUCCUUUAUCUCCAUUCCAUAACCCAUCAAACACCCAUUUUGAUCGUUUGCGCAAUGCUUUCCGACGCUCAUUAAACCGUGUCAACCACUUCAAAGUGGCCACACUAGUCCCUAGUAAAGGCACAACGCAAGACCCUAUAAACUCGGGUGGUGGAGAGUACCUCAUGAAAAUUUCCCUUGGAACCCCACCAAUUGAGGUAAUUGGAAUAGCUGACACAGGAAGUGACCUCACAUGGACACAAUGUCUACCAUGCAUUAAAUGUUACAAUCAAGCUAUUCCCCUCUUUGAUCCUGGUCAUUCCUCAUCUUACCUUACAAUACCAUGCACAUCGAAAAUUUGCAACGCACUAGACACUUCAAACUGUAACCGUAACAUUAGCACGUGUGGGUAUAGUUAUUCUUACGGGGAUGGUUCUCGCACUGCGGGAAAUCUUGCAGCUGAAACCUUAACAUUAGGCACUAGCAGUAGCAACCCAAUUUCUCUUAAAAAUAUUGUGUUUGGGUGUGGACACAACACUACUGGCAUAUUUGAUGCAUCAGGGUCUGGCAUAGUAGGCCUUGGUGGUGGUGAGCUCUCACUAGUUUCUCAAUUGGGUACUCAAUUUGGCACCAAAAAGUUUUCCUAUUGUCUAAUUCCUACUUCAAGUAACUCCACUAGCAAGAUAAGUUUUGGUAACGAUGCUGUUGUUUCUGGUCCUAGUGUCGUUAUAACUCCUAUUGUAACAAAGGUAGCAACCUUCUACUACCUCACAUUGGAGGCAUUUACUAUAGGAAACCAAAGGAUUCCGUUUGUAAUCAAGGAUGGCACAGAGACAAGGUCUAGUGUUGAGGGAAACAUCAUAAUUGAUUCUGGGACAACAUUGACAAUUUUGCCUUUAAAUGUUUAUAAUGACAUGGUGUCUGCUUUGGAUAAAGUAAUAACGGCCAAGAAGGUGAGUGACCCCAACGGUUUACUUACCCUUUGUUAUCAAAAUAAUCGUAACAAUAUCAAACUUCCCAUUAUCACGGCGCAUUUCAAAGGAGGGGAUGUGAAUUUGCAGCCAGUGAAUAUGUUCUCUUGGGUGAAGGAAGAUGUGGUGUGCUUCACAGUGAUUGCAUUCUCUAACUUCUCUAUUCUUGGAAACUUGGCUCAAGCGAAUUUCUUAAUAGGAUAUGACCUUGAGGCAGGUACUGUGUCCUUUAAGGCUACCGAUUGUACCCGACAAUAG